AUGUCGCUGGAAGAGCGAGACCAAUCAUCUGGCUCCCAAGCUCGCCAUCCUCGAGCCGACGCUUCUGCACACGAUAUGACCGCCGGAUCUACUCCGCCAGCCACUGCAGGGCGCAUACACACUCGCCAUUCUGAUCGAGAGAUCAGACCAGACGACAACGACGAUAAGGAGAUGUCUUUCUCUGGCAGUACACAACCUUCGCUUCGAGGCCGUGCGCAUCAGAGUCCCAGUAUGACAGUAGAGUCUCUGACGACAGCAUCGCUACAAGCAUCUGGUGCUGUUCCGCAUCGCGCAGAGACAUCAGCUGGAGACCUCGCGCCUGAAUCGGCACAGAACAGCUCUUCUCACCGAGCACGCAAGGGGCUCAGUCCAUCAUCUCGAAGCACACAGUCGCAGACGCCACGAGCAAGUUCGUCGGCAUCGAGCAGCACGAUCGCUGCCUUGCAGGAUCUGCGUACUGGGCUCUCGGCUCCGCCGCCCAUGCUGACGGGGCUUCCGCAGCAUUCCCUCCAGGAAAGAACAUACAAGCUCAUCAUCCGCCAGCAACCGCAGCAAGGUCGCCUCUGCGGACUGGGAAGCAAGGACAAGCGCCCUCUGGACCCGCUUCCAAUCCUUCAGCUACGCAUACUCAAGAGCGACGGCACCGAAGACGAAGAUGCUGAAAACAGCCCGAACUUGAUACUCCAAGUCUCGCUGCGCAAGCAAAGUAUGGCGACAGGCACGCACGCCGAGUCGGUGCUGGUCGAAUCGAAUGCCACCGCCCACCCAUUCACGCGAAUGCUCGAAGGCCGGCUGGUGGCGAGUGCCAACGUGGCGCGCGACCUCGACGGCUCGCGUGCGUGCUUCUUUGUCUUUACCGACCUCAGCAUCCGACAGGAAGGCCACUUCCGCCUCGCCUUCAAGCUCAUCGCGCUCGGACCAGGUGACCCUUCGAGUCCCGGCGGGCGGGUGUUGGCCGAAGCGCUCACCGAGCCAUUCGCUAUCUACAGUCCGCGUCGCUUUCCCGGCAUGACCGAGUCGACGGAGCUGGCCAAGUGCUUGGCAAGGCAAGGCAUCCAGGUGCCCGUGCGCAACGACGUUCGGCGCAGGCAGGAACAGGCCGACUCUGACGAGCGCGACAACGACUGA